AAGAAAUAGUGAAGCAUGGGAUAUUGUUUAUUCCAUCUCGGGAACGAGAGGUGCAGAGGAGAUCGAGUGGCAACCCUGCAACUGUGACCUGACACGGCCAUAGAAAUGAUGAACACCUUGAACUCGAUCCUGGCAUCUUUCCCUCCCACAACCCCUGGCUUUGUCAGCUCGAAGAAGCUCUCCAACAACAAGAACAAGAAGAAAAAAUUAGCUUUGUGCUUGUGUAACAAAUCAGACGGCGCUGAACCUGAAAAAGAGGGGGAUAAGCGCAAACAGGAGCUGCUUGCCCAGAUUGCCAUGCUUCAAGCUCAAAAGGUUCGCCUCACCAACUUCCUCGACGAACGCUCUGCUUACCUCACCCAGUUUGGGCAAGAAGCUGAGGCUGAUUUCGAUCAGAUUGGUGAGAAAGCACUCAAGGAUCUUGACGAUGCUGGUGAGAGGAUAAUGGAGAAGAUGGAUCUCCAGAUGGAGGCUUUUGAAGAGUCCUCAGAAAUAAUAAGACAAGAGAUUGCAAAGGACGAAAAGGUUCUGGAGGAUUUUGAGGAGCAAAUUGAGAGGGAGCGGAAUCAAGAUCUCUUCUUUAAGAGCCUCUCACAGAAAGCGCCUCCAGGAAAACAAGCAGCAGAAGUGCUGAAGCCUGUUAGGGAAACCAUAACAAAGAACGCAGGAUCCAAAUUUCGGAGAAAUAUUUAUCUUGGUUUGAUGACUUUAGUAUUUGGCACCAUCGGCAAUUACCUGAUCACUUAUCCCCAAGUGGAAUGGAAGAAAGUCGCAGCUUUGGGAUUGAUACUCUUGGGUUUGCUUGUUCAGUACAUUUACGAACGAAGCUUGUCAACAGCAACCAUGGAGGAAAUGGAAAAUAAAGAUAAUCCUGGGGAAGAUGGAUGAAAAUAGCAGUGUAUUUUUUUGCUUCUUCUUUCUAUGAUGCUGCCAGGGUUGAGAAGCUUUGCUUUGUUGUGUGAACUAUUGGAAUACCGUGUACAUACGUACUUAAACUAUAGUUACUAAAAGAAAUUGAAAAA